AUGGAAGAUAAAAAGACUAAAGCAUCUGUUUCUCAUGUAGUUCUAACAAUAGAUGCCAGUGACGCUGAAAACAUGCCAAAAAUGUUGUGUCAUAAUGACUUGAAAUUUGCACAGUUGGAAAGCUUUCGAAUUGAGCUUAUAUUAACUUUCUUUCACUGGGGAUUCGAGAGAGGCAAAGUUGAUGAGUUGCCUUUGUACUUAUUGCGAAACAUAGGGAUGCGAGAGAGAUCAACUCAGCCGGAUAGCAAUGGCUCCACAUUACAAAUUGAGCAAGAAGCAUUUCAGUCAUGUAAUGUAACUGAGAGACCUCUUACAAUAAAUGAAAAUAAUUACUCAUUUCCUAACACCAUCCGCUGCACCGUCUGCACCCUCCUCCUCAAAUUGCCCAAUUCCCUCUCUUCGCUCCCCAAGAAUCUCGACCUCCUCUACUUCUCCUCCCUCCUCCAGCGCACCCGCCCCCUCGAGGAGAAGACACCAAUUCCGCCGGAUUUCAAAGGCGCAGAAUCGGUUUAUUCUCCAUCUGUUUUGAAGCCGUGGCCUUACGAGUUCUAUUGCAGAUGGGGGAGAUGGAUACUCCCAAAAGACUGUAUUUUGAUUGGUGGGAGGCCUCUGGAUGGAAAGGUUUUGUGGUGUUUUGAGAGUGAUCGUGUGGUGGGGUGUGUUUUUAGCGAGAAUGAUCAUGUGGGUCUGAUUAAAGUUGGGAUUUUUAUGGGGGGUGAGGAUGAUUCUGAGAUAAUCAAGCCAAGCUAUGAGUCGAGAAUUCUGACUUUUUUGUGGGGGAUGGGAGAAGAUGGGAGGGAUAAAUUGGGGGUUGUUUUUAAAGCUUGUUUUAGAGUGAGUAGUUUGGGGAAGGCCUUUGGGUUUUGGUGUAAUGAGGAGGAUAGGAGCGUGUACAUUGUUUGCCAGAAGCUUGCUUCGUCUAGCUUUAUUGAUUGUGUUUUCAAUAGAAGGAAGGAUGAAGAGGAGAGGCUCAUUGCUGAUGAAAUUAGGUUUUGGGGAGUGGUUGGUGUAGAGAUAUGUGAGAUUUUGAUGCGCUUGCAUUUAGAGGGGCUAACUGUUGGUUACCUGAGUUUGAAUUGUCUCGGUUUCGAUGAUUUUGGUCGGGUGUGUGUAGACUUAAGCGAGGUUUUGAAAAGCGGUAGGAGAGUGAGCAAGAAUGUGGAAUUUGGUUUCAAAGAUAUGUUCUUGGAGCAUAACGCUGUGUUUCUUAGUCCUGAGGUGUUGUUGCAGUUAUUUGUGAAGGCGGGGUUUGAGUUGGAUUCGCGAAAUGUGUCUAAAGUCGGUCCUGUUUCAGAUGUUUGGUCACUUGCGUCUUUACUGGUUUGCGUUCUUGUUGGAAGCUCUUUUGAGGAAGAAAUGGAGUCUUUCUUGCAUUCUGUGGUUAAUGCUGUUAAAGACGAAAAGGGUUGUGAUUAUGAUGGUUUGUACCUAGCCUGGAUGGGGAAAGUUUCUGCGUUAUUGAAGAGCAGACUGGGAUCGGAUUUUGCUUCGUUGCUGGAUGUUUUGUGCAGAUGUCUGGGGUUAGAACCUGGCCAUCGGCCUCUUGCAACUGAGCUAUGGAAAUGCUUGAGGGGGCUGGUUGUUAAACCUCAGUGUGAUAUUGGAUUCACCUUGAAAAAUGAGAACAAGAAUCAAGAAUAGGGUGGUUAUAUAGUACUAGGUGAUGUAUGCUGCAUGGUUGAUGGAACGGGCCAUGGCUCGAAGGGAGAAGAAGAGGCUGAGAGGGAUGAUGCGAGAUUGAGGGUUGAAGGAGAUGUAGUUGAUGGGAUCACUCGUGGUGAUUUCAAAUGUCUAGAGAUGAAAUGUCAUCUUGGUUUCAUCACAGGAUUAGGUAUCGGAGGAACAGGACUACAUGGAAUCUACUACAGGAACGUGUCACAUGUGAAAUAACAAGGGCUGAUUUGAUGUAUAUUUUGGACUUAAACUAGGGUUACAAAAAAUGACUUUUGGAAU